AUGGUCUACGAAUACGACCCGACCGGCCGCGGGUACAUCACCGGAAACCAGUGGGCGGCGUCCGUGGCGCGCCGAUGGGCCGAUGACCGGACAGGUGACGGUCGACCACGUGCUCACCGUGCUCAAAGAGUGUUUGGCUUUGUUGACAGACGUGGACGCGAACGAGAUGGUGGCCAGCAUGGGCCCUGCCGGCUCGGGACUGGUCGACUACGACCAGUUCAUGGACACCAUGGACCGGCCAGCAAUGUAUAA